ACUUGCGGCUGCCCUUCUUCCUCUCGGCUUCGCUUCCAUCUCUCGCUUUUUAUUCCCCUCGGCCGCGGCUUUGAUUGGUGUUUGUUUGCCUGCCCUUUUCUUUUUCUGCGCGCCUCGGUUUUGAUGCGGGAGACUGGGCUGUUUCUACUUUUGGAUGGCUGCUGCGGGGUUUUUGCGGAUAAGGAAGGGGUUAUCCGAAUUCCGCGGAGUUGGGAGAGUGGGUUGGAGCUUGGAUCUCGCAGGUGCUUGGUGGUGUUGUUAGUGCUUUGUUAUCUACUGUGCGAUUUGAAUUGUAUUCCUUGACGAGAAGAAUUGCAGCUGCUGUUAAGACUCAAGAGUAGCGGUGCCAGAUUAGGGUGUGAUUUCUGUAGGAAUUUACGGGCCAGGGUCUUCUUUUGCUCCAACGGCGACCGGCGGCGGAGAAUUUCGUGCCUUUUUUUUUCAGAACUCAGUUGUCCAACUGUAUCUAGAAUUCAAAGAGUAUAGUGUCUUUUUUUUUGCUGUUCUUGUCUGUGUUUGAUUUAAGCUUCUGGAUGCCAAAUUGCCAAGCGAUUGUAAUUUGGUACUGUACCGCGAAUCUCGUCGGAUGACUUUCCAGAAAAGAAAAGUCGUUGGUUCUUGGCCCAGAGCUUUCCUGUUCAGCAGUAAUUGCUUGUUUCCGGGACAACUCCGCCCAUCUUUUAAUGAUCCGUAUGCCCAUCUGUUCUUCUGAGGAUCCGGCGCGUGGCCAAGUUUCAGUUUUUUGAAUAUUUUCUUGCUUCGAUCAAGCCGAGAACACUCAAUUGUUUUUUUUUUCACCGUCAGACUGUUCAUCUAUGUUUGUAGCGUAUCUUCAUUGACCUGUGCGUCAGUGUAUGUUUUCCUUGCCUCUACGUCAAACAGUGCAAGCUUCAAUUUACCGCGGAGCGAGGCAGUAGCAAGCCAUGAGUGGUAUGGGAUCACGGCCGGAGGGGACCAACCUCGUGGAACCGAGAGGGCAAGGCGCGCUGCCGUCAGGCAUGGCGAUGCAACCGUGGUGGACAGGCUCCGGGCUCGGGGCGGUGUCUCCGGCUGUAGUGGCGCCGGGAAGCGGAAUAGGGAUGAGCUUGUCGAGCAACCCCGUAGGUGAUGGUGCGACCAAGGGGAAGACGAGUGAUGAUGCGCGAGCGGACAGCAGCGAGGAUUCCCAGAGAUCAGGCGAACCAAAAGACAGAAGCUUUGGUGAAGAAAAGCACCAUGCAACAUCGCGAAUGCCUGCUUUGGCGUCAGACUAUUUAGCACCAUACUCACAGCUGGAACUGAACCAACCAAUUGCUUCUGCCACAUAUCCGUACCCUGAUGCUUACUAUACAGGCAUGGUUGGUCCCUAUGGAGCUCAAGCCGUGACUCAUUUCCAGCUACCUGGAUUAACUCAAUCUCGCAUGCCAUUGCCUCUUGAAAUAUCGGAGGAACCUGUCUAUGUAAAUGCUAAGCAGUAUCAUGGAAUUUUAAGACGGAGGCAGUCACGCGCAAAGGCAGAACUUGAGAGAAAGGCGAUUAAAGCGAGGAAGCCUUAUCUUCAUGAGUCGCGUCAUCAACAUGCAAUGCGAAGGGCAAGAGGAACUGGGGGACGCUUCCUGAACACAAAGAAGAACGAAAACGGUGCUUCAAAAGAGAGAGCUGAACCGAACAAAGGCGACCAGAACUCGGAGUAUCACCGUGUACCUCCUGACUUACAGCUCCGUCAGGCAUGAAGCAGCAGUUUGCAAACCUAGAACAGUGGCUUCUGUCCACCGGCGUACAAGCAUCCCCAGGGUGGAUUUCUAACUCCAGCUUCGUGCUGCCAUCUUCGCGACGCAUAUUCUCUGCGCAAAGCGCUCGGUAUUUGGGUCCUUGGCAGAAAUGCUGUCUGGUUCCGCGAGUCCAUCCAUCCCGGUGUCGUUGCCAUGCGCAGCGCUGCUGUUUUCAGGCAAUUCAUUCUUGGCUUUCCAUUCCGCCCCUUGUUUGUCUAUGGUCGUUAGUAAAACUGGCCUGUGCUGGGUCCUCAGGGUCCUGCAGCCGCGUGUAAGAUUAAUUAGCUUGGGAUAGUGCUCGUUUGUACUGCAGUAGAGUGACUGGAGUGUGGCUUGUAUUCCUAGUUUGACGUGUAACAAAUGCAAGUGCAGAGAUCAACUCAUAUGCAGAGAGAUAAGAACAUUUUAAACUGAUGUUGCCAGUUCGGUGUUCAGCAACUUCAGUCUUGAA